UUAGUGGGAAAUUUAAAAUGGCAAAGAUUAAUGGGAACCAGAUUAAUAAGGAAAGCGAAAAUACAUUGAGCCACUUUGUUUCUGAAGUAAAUACAAAGCAUGACUCGAUACUUGCUAGCUGGGAAAAGUAUAGAGAGGAAAAUAUAGAACAUCAAAAUUCAGCACAGGAUUUGCUGUUGGUCAGUCGAGAUGAUUUGUCCAGACUUGUCAUUGAAAUCCAAAAGCUGACGACAAAGUCAACCAAACCUAAAUCUGCAGCUGGUAGAGCUGCCGCCUCUUUACAUGCAACUGAGACACUGAAAGAUGAGAUCAAACAGAUCAGACAACAGAACCAAAGCAACUUGACAGAGAUAUCGUAUCUACGGACCCGAUGUGAAACGGCGGUGGCAGAAUGUCAACUGGAAAAACAGGAGAACAUUCGGUUACGCCACAAGGUGGAUUUGCUGACUCAACAGUUAAGCCAGCAGUCAGAGUACUGCUCCAGUCUCGGAUCCGCCUGCUGCACUCUGUUAUGGAGAGUUUCCAGAAAUGAGGAUACCAUACAAUCCAUCCUUAUUGGGAGGAAAGUAGAAGAGUUCCUGACCCUCGUUUCGAAUACGCUCAGCAGUUACGUCAUGACCUACAAAUCUGAUUGGCCUGACGUCAAAUCUGAUGAGAGUCAGUUUGUGCACGCUCUAUGUGGGAUCAUCACUAAUAUUGCGGCCUCUGCUUUUGGGAGGGACUUUUUAAUUAACAAUCCACAUGGGUGUCUGUUGAUCGAUACGUACAUCAUAGUUCUGGAGGAAGCGCCCACUGGAAAGAGUUCACGACUGAAAAAUCUUAUUCUAAUGGGACUUUAUAAUGUGAGCAUCAACCAGAGCGGUAUAAAAUACCUGUCUUCGAAACGCGGGAUGAUGAAAUUAUUAGCCUGGCUUCUACAAGAUGAAGUAGCCACAGAAAAUCAAGUGAAUACUCUGAAGUUGAUCCAGUCUAUGAUGUCAGUUGAUGGCAGCCUUAACAUCAUACACGAACUACUUGAAGAGUUGCCCCAGUCCGUGUUGCAGGAGUUCCAGAGUGACAAAAACAGAGAAAUCAGAGAACUGGCCAAGGAGAUCUUCUCAGACAUCCAAAACCACGUCAGACACGAGCAGUGAUCCUUCACACACAACAUAAUGAGACCACGGCUUUGAAAACUAUAUUUGGACGUUAAAAAACUAAUUUAAAAAGCUACACAUAUCUGAUAUAUACAGUGUGAACAGUUCGUUCCUAAUUGUCAUACACGUAUCUGAUUUGGACUUUUAGUUUCAUUCACUGUUUUGUUCCUCGAUUUUACGGAUUACACUUGUUGCCUGAAAAUAAAAGAAACUUGUUUUA